GGUGUCACUUUGCAGACAAGAGAGAGAGAGAGAAAAAAAAGCCCAAAUGUGUGUGAGAGAGGAGCUUGGCUGCAGCUGGUUGUCCUCCUCUCCAUACCACACGAUGAUGAAGGAUAGAUAGAUAGUGCGCGAUUCAUUUAUGAUGCAUUGAGCUACAAGCUUCACUACUACAGCUGCUUUUUUUUCUUCUUUCUUCUUUUUCCUCCAACCCGAAAUUAAAAACUGAGAAGCAACAAAAAUCAUGGUCAUCAUCACAAAAGAAACCUCAAGCUGGGUGCUCCAACAAGAGGCCCGAUCAGAGUUCUUUUGGAUGAAUUGAAUGCGACCAGAGAGAAGAGAGACUUCCAGCUCCAGCCCCAGCUCCAGCUCCAGCACCAGCGGACGACGGGGGGAGAAGAAAGAAAAGCAAAGCCCCCGAGUGUGUGUUUUCAUAAGCGGGGCUCGGCUGUGGGAGCGGAGAGUGAAGGGGGGAUGUCGGGCAGAAGUGGAGGGGCGCCUCGGGGGUGCAGCAGCAACCCCAGCCUGCAGCCCCUCAGAGCCACAGUCCCAUACCAGCUCCAGAGGGGCUCAGCACUCCUCUGCAGAGGAGAGGUCAAGACGGCCGACAAGGACAGGACUACGGCCCGCCCACCCAAACCCACCAUUCGUCGAACCCUGUCGUUGGACGCCAUCGUUGGACCCUAUCUGCAGGGGCAGUGGCCCAAGGAGGCGGAGAGCACGGCUGUUACCUGUGUCAAUGACAAAGCCACACAGACUCCAAGUUCUUGGGCAGAGGAGACCCGGGGGAGGAGAAGUAUGGGUGGACACAAGCGCUCAGCGUCGUGGGGCAGCGCAGAGCACCUGAGGGAGGUGGCCAAGCUGAGGCAACAGCUGCAGAAGCGCUCCCGCCAUGCACCCCCCUCUGCAGGAUACGAGCUCCCCCACCACCCUUUGCCAGCAGGUCAUGCAGCAGGCAUCACUCAGACGAUGCCGCUCAUGCCACUGAACAGACUCGCCCCGCGGCUGCGACGUAGUGUUGAAGGCCUCAACUUGGAGCUAGAGGAGGUGUUUGUGUCCGAGAAGCCUGAAGAUCAGCAUGAGAUUUUGGAUAUCCCAGAUGGCCACAGGGCUCCUGUCCCUGCCCAGAGAUGCAGCAGCGGCUCCCAGAGCGAGCCCUCGCCGGGGCCCCUGGAUCCUUCCCUCCUCUCUCCUUCUCAGUCGCCCUGUCCUCUAGACCCGACGCUCCUGUCACGUUCGAAUUCCCCGUGUCCCUUGAACGCAUCUCUUUUGUCUCCAUCACAGUCUCCCUGUCCCAUGGGAGAGCCAGAACCAGAGGACAGUGAGAUCCUAUGUCCCUCUCCGUCGACAUUAUUUCCUUCAUUGGCACUGGAUCCUCCUCUGCUGCAGGUCUGCUCUACCUCUCCUCGUCCCAAUAAAACCUACGCCUUCCAGCGCGAGCCGCCAGAAGGCUGCGAGCGAGUCAGAGUAUGCGAGGAAGCAAUAUCUGCCUGCCAGGAUGAGCCUCUCCUCCAGCCAUCCUGCCCUGACCCCAACAAAGUCAACUUCACCCCCCACGGAGGCUCUGCUUUCUGCCCUGUCAGCCUCCUGAAGCCCCUCCUGCCCUCCAUGGACCUCCUCUUCCGUGGCCUGUCGGUCUCUCCCGUCACCGGCUGCCCGGGUCAAGCCUCUCCCACCAGGCACCUUGGCAUGCAGUAGAUGGUGAACAUCUAAGCAGAGCCUCUCAGGACACACUGCACUGCCCGGGGGUUGUGGGGAGGGGGCGUCGUUCCUGUUCGUACCUGGAGAAACUGGAUUUGCUUUGAAUGCAGGUUGCUGACGGAUACCUGCUGUGGUCACCUGGCUCAUCACUGCUGUAACACGCCACGAUGACUGUGCUCCAAAUGAGAAACUUUGUGACUUUAAGCAGUUUCACUGUCAUAUUUUAGACUGACUUUGGCCUAAAGAUCCGGCUGCUUUUACUGAUUAUUUCUCCCUGCAGGAAAAAUAAUGAAUAUUGUUUUUCUUGUUCAUCAGCUGCCUGGACAAAGACUGCAGUCUGCUGUUUCUUUAAUGUCAAAACAAGUGAAUUUUGAGUCAGAAACCUCGAGCACUUAGAACAUGAGAACAAUGACUUUCUCACUCUCCUUUACGAUUAAUAUCCUAGUAAAGCUUUGCCAGCUUUAGAUGAACUUUAAGAUCAAUUUGAGAGAAGUACUUGAUGGGUUUUGUUUCAUAAUCUGUUGAUUGAGGGGAAAAUAUAUUUUCUCACUAGGCCUAUAGUUUACGAUGGGCUUCUUUUCUACAGAUGUAUUUCUAGGAAGAUAUAUAUUUUUGUAUCUUUGUAAAGAGCGAGGAGGCUUGUGAGUCUGUUUUUCUAUUCACAGAAGAAGAAGAAGAAAAAAAAUCAGCCCAUCUUUCUGUUUAAACUUUGGUGGUUUAAUCUUAUAAGCAGGAGUGGAUGUUUUAUUAGCUUUACUUGCCUACAGUGGGCAUUUUUUCCUAACCAAACAUUUGCAUAAUUUGUCCACAUUUAAUAAUUUUGAGCGAUUCAAACUGAAUUUGUGUUCAAUAUGCAUCCAUUUGGCUGCUGUGGUCCGGUCAUAAUUAAGUGUUAAUGUGUUUAACUUUGAUAUGGCAGAAGUUGAUUUCUCUCUGCUUGGAUUAUUAUUCAUAAAGAUCAAACACUGUCUUUGUCGACAUGAUCCUAUGUAAUAAAAAAUUAUGACCAACAGUGAAGAUUUCAUAGCAUAAGAGCA